CCGCGCGCCCAGCCGGCCCGCACCGCGCCAUGGCCCCGCGCGCCCGGCGGCGCCGCCCGCUAUCCGCGCUGCUGCUGGCGAUCUGCGUGCUGCUCGUCCCGCUGCAGGUGACCCUCCAGGUCGCUCCUCCGUGCACCCGCGAGAGGCAUUAUGAGCACCUUGGACGGUGCUGCAGCAAAUGUGAACCAGGAAGAUACCUGUCUUCUAAGUGCACUCCCACCUCUGACAGUGUGUGUCUGCCCUGUGGCCCAGAUGAGUACUUGGACAGCUGGAACGAAGAAGAUAAAUGCUUGCUGCAUAAAGUCUGUGAUGCAGGCAAGGCCCUGGUGGCGGUGGACCCUGGCAACCGCACGGCCCCCCGGCGCUGCGCCUGCACGUCCGGCUACCACUGGAACCCGGACUGCGAGUGCUGCCGCCGCAACACGGAGUGUGCGCCAGGCUUCGGAGCCCAGCAUCCCUGUACGGCACCCAUGCUGCAGCUCAACACGGACACGGUGUGCACACCCUGCCUCCUCGGCUUCUUCUCAGAUGUCUUUUCAUCCACGGACAGAUGCAGGCCCUGGACCAACUGUACCCUCCUUGGAAUGAUAGAAGCGCACCCAGGGACGACGAAAUCUGAUGUGGUCUGCAGCUCUUCUCUGACAUUGAGAAAAUCACCUCAGGAAGUCCAGAUUUACCUGCCCAGUCUCAUCAUUCUGCUCCUCUUCGUCUCUGUGGUGCUGGUCGCUGCCGUUGUCUUUGGCGUUUACUACCGGAAGGGAGGGAAAGCGUUGACAGCUAAUUUGUGGAACUGGGUCAAUGACGCUUGCAGCAGCCUAAGUGGAAAUAAGGAGUCCUCAGGUGACUGCUGUGCCACCUCCAGUCAACGGGAAGUGUGUGAAGGCGGCCUACUGAUGUCUCUGGAGGAGAAGAUGCUUCCAGAAAACAUGUGCUAUCCGGAAGAUGGUCCUAGGCCUGUGUGUGCAGCAGGCGGGUCCUGUGCAGAGGGUGGAGAUGCCAGGAUGUUUACAUUGGUCAGCGAAGUUGAGACCCAGGGGGACCUCUCAAGGAAGGUUCCCACAGAGGAUGAGUACACAGACCGGCCCUCACAGCUGCCUGAUGGUUCCCUGCUCCUGAUCCAGCCCGGAAGCAGAUCCACACCCCCUUUCCAGGAGCCCCUGGAAGUCGGGGAGAAUGACAGUUUAAGCCAGUGUUUCACAGGGACUGAGAGCACCGUUGACUCUGAAGGCUGCAGCUUCACUGAGCCUCCAUGCAGGACUGACUGUACUCCUUUGUCCUCUGAAAAGUACUUGAAAAAAGAAAUAGAGGGCGACAGUUGCCUGCCCUGGGUGGCCAGCUCCAACUCACCAGAUGGCUACACAGGCUGUGGGAACACUCCUGGGGAGGACCACGAGCCCCUUAUGGGGUCUCUGAAAUGUGGACCAUUGCCCCAGAGUGCCUACAGCAUGGGCCUUCCUGGCGAAGCAGCCGCCAGUGCGGCAGAGGCGGGAGAGCAGCCCCAGGACAGGGCUGACGUCAAGCUUCCAAGCUCGGAGAGGGGAGCCUCAGGGCCUGGGAAUUCCCCCAGUGACCAGCCACCUGCGUCUGGGAACGUGACGGGAAACAGCAAUUCCACGUUCAUCUCCAGCGGGCAGGUGAUGAACUUCAAGGGCGACAUCAUUGUGGUGUACGUCAGCCAGACCUCGCAGGAAGGCCCGGGCCCUGCGGAGCCGGAGCCGGAGCCGGUGGGCCGCCCGGUGCAGGAGGAGACGGUGGCGAGCAGAGACUCCUUUGCGGGCACGGCUCCGCGCUUCCCCGACACGCACGCCACGGGGGCAGGGCUGCAGGAGCAAGGCACGUCCAGGACGAAGGACGGGACAUCGCGGCCAGUGCAGGAGCAGGGCGGGGUGCAGGCCUCACCCCGAACCCGGGGGUCGGGACAGUGCGCAGAAUGACCUGCUUGCCCUGGGCGCAGGGCACCAGCGGCUUUCCGCAAACAGAUGUGUUGUGGCUAGCCAUUGCGCACCUCAUCACAGGUGCGGGCUGCUGGUGGUGGAGCCCACCUCUCACUUCCUCCUGUGCCGCUCUCCCCUGACUCCCACCACCCGGUGUCAUUCAGUUGCCCCCCCCCCCCCUUCCAGUGUUGGUGUCCUACCUUACUGAGGUCUGUACCCCAACCCCCGUAUUUAUAUUUCAUUUGCUUUUGUAGUGUGCUUCUCGAUACUUUCUCCUUUUUCUUUUUAUCCUGACUAUUUAAGGGUUUUCAUGACAAUUCCGAAGGUGCUGUCUCCUUUACAUUAUUUUGCACUCCGCCCUACAGUGGUCUGGUGAUGGUUUUGCCAGUGUCCUCUAAGCACUUUCAGAAAAGGCCAGAUGUGUAAAGCUGGGCAGUGAAGUGCAAGAAAUGAGCAGAGAGACUUUUAUUUUCUGGAAAUAUUCUGUGUCUCGAUUUUUCUCAAAAGAAGGAAGGCCUCGCCCCCAACAACAAGAAGCAAGGUUGCCAGCCUGUAUAGAUCCUGGAGAACUAAGUUCAGGGUGUGGCCUUGCCUCCUACCUUUUUUGUUUGUUUGUUUGUUUUUUGCCAGGGUAACAGAUACUUGGCCACUAAAUCUCAAGAAAUCUAGCUUUUGUGGUUUGGCGUUCUUAUUGUUAAAUGAUUAGCUGUCUAGAAAAGAUGGAAAAGGUGAAUAGGACAUGGGGCCAAAGAAAAAAAGAAGGUGCCCGGGAAUCUCCAGAAAGAAGGAAUAAAGUUGACAUAUCCCUUUCUGCAUAAGAAUGUCGGAAAUGUGUUCAGGCAGUAGACCCUCCAUCCUUCCCAAGUAUUGUGCAUGAGUAAUCCAGCCUUGUGGAAGUAAAAAACAAUCCUCCAUGAGCGCGUGUGUACGUGUGCGUGCGCGUGAGUGCGUGAGUGCGUGAGUGUGUGUGUGUGUGUCUCGCUCAUGCAUUUAAAUCGCAAACCAGGGGAUCUAGAGAGAGGGUUUGGGUGAAAAAGACUAAAGAGUCUGAGUUCAAUGCCCAGCCCCUCCUGGGCUGCUCACAACCACUUUUAACUCCAGCUCCAGGGGAUCCCAUGCCCCCCUCUGGCCUCCACAGGCAACUGCAUACUUGUGCAUAUGCACACACAAAGUAAAUUACAAAUCAAGUUCCCAUGAUGUGAAUAUAAGAAAAUUAAUUAUCCUCCAGGUGGUUUUCUUUUGGCCUGGGUCCUUUUGCAAGAAAGCAGUUUAGGACGGGAAGCGGCCACUGGGUGGUUUUGUCGUGGGUACUGGCUCUCAGAUCCUGAGGAACAGCGGGGUCACUGAAGCAAACUGCACAGUUUUGUAAUCUGGGGCGUUAGAAGCAUGUUGAUAAUGGUCACUGUACAGCCAUGAAUUCCCAGCUGAGCAGAAGGCCCAUCUGUCACUGGGUUCCUCCUCCCGACUGCAGUCUCCCUGGGGUCACAGCAGCUGACUGUGAUUUUUAAUGCAAAAGUGGAGAAUGGCUCUGUGAUUUACAGAGCUCUUUCACUAGCAUAAAGAACUGCAGGAAAUAACUGCAGUGCUGAAAUGAUGCAGCGAUGGAGUUCUGUUAGUAUCCUUCCAAAGAGAGAUGCUACUAAAGUCAACAAAACCAUUGUACCUUUUGGUAUGGGAUGUAUCAAAUAAACUCCACAAAGUAGGAUGCAGAGGUAAACCCACAUCCACCAUGACUGUCGUCACCUCUCUGCACCCACGUCACCUUUGUACUUCCGUUCCCCCCCCCCAACGAAGCCAAUAAUGACAGUUUAACAUCAUUAUCCAACCCGAGAUAUCAAAAGGAUGCUUCAGGGAAGUUAAAGUACCUUGAACCCCUAAAAUCAAAAGUGCCAACGGCAUUAAGAAUCUACUUUGGGGGGGGUAACACGGUUCCCCACAUUGAUACCUGCUAAUGUUAUAUUGGUUCAAAGCCAAUCAAAUGAUAGGAAAUACAUAAUGAAGACAGAUAUAUGCAUGUGUGUAGUCAAAAUGUUUGUGACAAAUAUAAACAAUAUAAUGAAAAAUUAUUUCAAUGUAAAGAGACUAUUAAACCUUUAUUUGUUCAUAAAAGAUUA